AUGACGACUCGCAACGACGACGGUACAUCUGUCGAGCUGUCUUGCUCGUCCGGUGGCAUCUUGCCAGACAGCCUCACUCCAGCUGCCGUUCGGUUCGGUAGCAAGACAAACCGCAACGUCACUUUCACCUUCCGCUGCCCCGAAGAUUUGGCCACCAGCGCGAUCAGUCGCAUGGUAGCACUUCUUGAUCGUCCCGGCUUUUACAUCGAUAGUAUCAACAAUCUUGCUGCAGAACCUCCAAAUGUCCCCGCAGCUAAGGGUCAAGCCACCUGCAAGCAGAAUGACAAGGCUAAACAGGAAGCGGCUGGUGUGGUCGACGAUGGUGCAGCUGUUGCUGCCCCCGUCGAUGACCCCGUGCCGGCCAUCAAUAUUGCUGCACAGGUUCCCGUAGCCGAGGCAGUCAUUGAUGAGCCUGCGUCUGCACCUGUCCGCACGAACAAUCUUGAGGCUGUUGCGGACACAACAAACGGCCGAGCCACUGGCAACGAUCAAGGCGUCAAGGAGUCGGACAAUCUGGCCGGCGAGAGGUCGUUGUCGAAGAAUCUCGUCAAUGUUGCGGUCAUGCGCAAUGCUCCUCAGGCCGCAGAUGUUGAUGUCCGCGAGGGUUCAGUCGCAUUCGAGCUCAUUACUCGCGCGCGGCAUCCUGCAGGCAUCGCUGCUGGCAAGUUUGGAGGCCUGCCGACCUUUCAACACGAUUGUGGAAAAGGAUGGGAGCAGAUCAUCGAGCGGACCGAUCGUGAAGACCAGCCAUUCCGUGUGCCUGAUGGCCUGAUCCACUUCGUCAAGAUCAAGGACCUGGCUGCCAGCACGGGUGAACAGUUCAACGUCAACUUUUUUGGCCGGAUCAGAUCGAUCUCUCCCCUCAGGAGUCCCAGCGGUUACAAGCGGUGGGAUGUCAUCCUCGGAGACUCCCGCACUGAAGACCCAAACACAAUCACCGUGAUUCUCCACCCAGGACCAGGCUCUCACCACGAUAUCGGAGCGCCUUGUCCUGUCCUGAGGCCCGGAGACCUAAUCAUGGUUCUCAACAGCAUUCACAUGCGAGCUUCAAGCUGGGGACUUGGAAUCGCCUCGGUAUACAAGGAGUCCACUGUUUUCCGUCUGCCGCGGUUUGACAGAUGUUCAUCAGCUCACUCGGCGUCUCAUCUCACAAGCCAAGGCGGUUUCUGA